CUCCGGCAGACAUAUUGCUUACUAGAGCAAAUUCUGGAAAGCUAGAAGAGAGAAAGGAUUUAAAAUUGCUUUAUAUCUUCGCGACUUGACACACUCAGACUACAUAGGACACAAUGGAGCCGUCAGCCAGUCCGGCCAAAGAUAACUACAGGAUGAACCGCUAUAAGAACAAAGCACUGAACCCAGAGGAGAUGAGGCGCAGGAGAGAGGAGGAGGGCAUCCAACUCAGGAAACAGAAACGAGAACAACAGCUUUUCAAGAGGAGGAACGUGGACAUUCUCAAUGAAGAAGAAGCUAUGUUUGAGAGUCCUCUGGUGGACUCCUACCUCAGCUCCCCAGUAACAGAAGGAGUCAUUACCAGAGACAUGGUUGAGAUGCUUUUCUCAGAGGACCCAGAGCUUCAGCUUGCCACAACACAAAAGUUCAGAAAACUACUUUCCAAAGAGCCAAACCCACCAAUUGAUGAAGUUAUAAACACGCCUGGAGUCGUGGAGAGGUUUGUGGAGUUCUUGAAGAAGAGUGUCAACUGCACACUACAGUUCGAAGCAGCUUGGGCACUGACCAACAUAGCAUCAGGCACAUCCCUGCAGACAAAGACGGUGAUUGAGGCUGGAGCAGUGCCAAUCUUCAUAGAACUACUUAACUCCGACUUUGAGGAUGUCCAAGAACAGGCUGUGUGGGCCUUGGGGAAUAUUGCGGGGGACAGUGCAGUGUGCAGGGACUAUGUGCUGAACUGCAACAUCCUUCCACCACUAUUAAUGCUUCUGACCAAAUCCACUAGAUUGACCAUGACAAGGAAUGCAGUGUGGGCUCUGUCAAAUCUCUGUAGAGGAAAAAACCCUCCACCUGCUUUUGAAAAGGUUUCACCCUGUCUGCCAGUGCUGUCUAGGCUUUUAUUUAGCAGUGACCCAGACUUGCUGGCAGAUGCCUGCUGGGCCCUGUCCUACCUCUCAGACGGUCCCAAUGACAAGAUCCAGGCUGUCAUCGACUCUGGUGUGUGCAGGCGCCUCGUAGAACUACUCAUGCACACUGACUAUAAGGUGGCCUCCCCUGCCUUGAGAGCUGUAGGAAACAUUGUCACUGGAGAUGACAUCCAAACACAGGUGGUGUUGAACUGCUCAGCCCUGCCCUGUCUGCUGCACCUUCUCAGCAGUGCUAAAGAGUCCAUUCGCAAAGAGGCAUGCUGGACCAUCUCAAACAUCACAGCAGGAAACCGAGCGCAAAUACAGACGGUAAUUGAUGCCAACAUUUUCCCAGUGCUUAUUGACAUUCUACAGAAGGCCGAGUUCAGGACCAGGAAAGAGGCAGCCUGGGCCAUCACAAAUGCCACCUCUGGAGGAACACCAGAACAGAUCAGAUAUCUGGUGAACCUGGGCUGCAUUAAGCCGCUGUGCGAUCUGCUGACGGUGAUGGACUCUAAGAUCGUUCAGGUCGCUCUCAACGGGCUGGAGAACAUCCUGCGGCUAGGCGAGCAGGAGGCCAAGCAGGAGAACAACGGCACUGGAGUUAAUCCAUACUGCAGCCUCAUUGAAGAAGCCUAUGGACUUGACAAGAUAGAGUUCCUGCAGAGCCACGACAACCAGGAGAUCUACCAGAAGGCCUUCGACCUAAUCGAGCACUACUUCGGGGUGGAGGACGAGGACAACAGUCUAGCCCCUCAGGUGGACCAAGCCAACCAGCAGUUCCUUUUCCCCCAACAGGAGGCCCCCAUGGAGGGCUUCCAGCUAUAAGUCAGCACCCCUCCCCUCUAAAAUACACCUUUUACCCCCUCCAUACCUCCCCAUAUCAUGGAGGGCCCCUAGAUGCCUGAGUCAUACCUUUAUACCCGCUUUCCUGAUCUGCCACUAGCCCCCAACCUAUACAAUCACCACAAACACCCCCCCCAUUGUGGGAAAGUUAAAACUGUCCCACUCUCAAGCCUAAAAAUGCCUCCAUUUCUUCAUUCUCUCCUCAAGCGGCGGACUGACUUCUUGCAGGGCGGGCUCAUGUGUUACCUGGCCAGAGUGAGCACGCCACACAAACUCCAUUACGCUUAGAAGAGGAAGUGAUCACCUCUCAGCCCAGGUGUGAGUCUGCCCUGGCUUAAAACGCACACACAGACAUCUUCCUGCCAUUUGAUAGCUCUCAGAUUCUCUCAUUGGCAGUAUCGAUGGUUUGUUGGUUAAUAUCUUUAUAUACACUUUACUUUCUUUUCCAAUGGGACAUUCCUAUAUUCAGGAUUAACCACGCAUCCCCAUACACAGUCCACCGACUGGGCUGUAUGAGGUGAUAUAUGCCUAGCUCUUGAUGUCAGUUUGACUUAGUGCAAUUCAAAGAAAAACUUCCCUUUUUGCUUUAUGAUUAUUUUUCCCAAACCCUUAUUUAUCUGACUUUUUAAGUGCUUGUGUUUUAUUUUCUUUUUCUUGAUUGGCUUAGGGCUGGUCUGCUGAUGGGGAAAAAAAACAUCUGUAUAGGAGAGGGUUCAGAGGUAUAAAUGUCAAAGCCAAGGGCUUUCUACUGCCCUGAGUCAGAUGCCCAAGCCAGUUUUUUUUUUUUUCUUUUUCCAUCUAUCAACAUUUUUUUUUUUUUUUGGGACAAUUUUCAGGGGGGUGGGAAGAAGUGUACAAAUUUAGAAAACUACCUGAACUUAGGAAAGGCUCUGAAUGAGGUAUUUGAAAAGGGAUCGGGUUUCCUGAGGAUGUGCGUAAUGAUCUAGAAAAAAUAAACGAGGGUGGUAUAGUUAGAGAUCCAAUGUUCGUCGUGUGCUGUGUUAUUAAUGACAAAAUAUUUGAAUUAUGAAGUGAUCUAACUAUUAAACAAGGCUUAGCUGGGGGUUUAGGGGGAAAGAGCGGGCGGCGGCAGCAGCAAACCAGACAUAUUUUUAUAUUGAAAUGAAUUCAGGGAAUUCAGAUGUUUAAAGUUGGGUGAAAUACCCCUUGCGGUAGAGACACGACAUGGGACUCAUCAGUCCUCGUUGGGAUUUUCUGAUUUCAUUGGAGCCCAGUGUAAACGGGUUGCUGCUGGUUAGCUAGGCCCUGUGCCUCUCCCCCUCCCCAGAUGUAUGUGGUAGGGAUUUUGCAUGGUGUUAUAUUACCCUGCCUGCAGUCACUGAGUAUCCCUGGCCAAACACAGACAGUUGGCACAGAGAGAUGGAGAGCAGUGUGAAGAAAAACUGAGGCACAUUGCUGUACUCUGCUCAGCGCUGGCAUGAAAAAGCAGGAAGUGGGCCGCAACUAAUUGGUUUGGUGAUGUUAACAGUGCUAGUGUAGUGGCGGUGGUGGUGUUUUGUAUAGUGGUAGAGUUGAUAUAUAACCUAUGGCAUUCUAUAUCAUCAUUUUUGAGGAAUGGGAAGGACAACUGUUAGUGAUUAUGCAUGGGUCCAUUGUGAUUCGUAGGUAUUGAUGUAAAUAGCCUAUCCUCUGCCGGGCUAGGAAAGCCUCACCGCUUCUUUGUCCCCUCGUGGGUCUGAUAACGACCAGAGUUUGGCCAGGGAUAUGUGUCAGACAAGUGACGAGCCUAACUGCGACAAAAAAUUCAAGUAUAAACAUAUAUUUGAAUUUUUAUGUAUUUGCAUUAUAUAUAAUAUAUAUUUGCGCACACUUCAUGCACACUUGCAUACAACACCAGCAGACACUGUACACACACUUCACACAGAUGAGUGGCUAGUAGCAAGUGAAAUAGUUUCCAGUCUAUGGAAUGAAAAAAGUUAUAUUCUUUCAUUUUAUGUUGAAGUUUGGCUUUUCUCCAAGUGUGAAAUUUGCCAUUUUGGCUGUUUGUUUUUUUUUUUUUGUUUUGUUUUGUUUUGUUUGAGAGCACUUGGUAUAUUUUCUUUCUUUAUGAAAAUGUUUCCCUUGGUUCAGUUUUAAUUAAGAUUGUUUUUCCUUUCAAUUGAGACCAUGAAAACACGUGUUCCUGGACUUCCAAAGUGAUUCGGAGCUCACAUGGGUUUUACGGAAACUUUUUUUUUUUGUUUGUUUCUAGCCACAUGACUUAUGAUGGUUUAAAUUAGCCCUACAAACCAUGACCCCGGAUCAGCUCCGGCCGUGACAGAAGCUGGUCUUGGAUCGGGGUUGAGGCUUUGUGGAUGGAGCAGAACUGUGGUUGUGUGAUGUUUGACUGACAGGCACUGUGUGAAGAAGCGGUUGAUUGACUCUAUGACUAUGUCCCCAUCAAGAGUCUCCAAGCCCCUGUUCUGUGGAUUACUGAAGCAGCCCUAACAUGAAGUCAUGGAACUGCGAACAAAAUUAUGUUGCUCUUAACAAAAAAAAAUGAUGGAUCAGUCUGUUUAAUAUUGUGUAUAUUUGGAAAUACAAUUUCAUCAAAUAGGGUUUUUUUUAUCUUUUAUAUAAGAAGACUUCUUUUUGAAUGGACAGACUUAGAUUUUGCCAUUUGGUUUAUUUCAGUAUUAUAUUUUUACAUACGCCUUUAACUUCCUCUGUCGCUGCAGAAUAUUACGACAUGCAGGGGUUUAAGCAUUAAUCAACGGGGAGCAUUUGUUAGCGAGGCGCUCUGUUUUUGCUUCUCGAGCUUGAGACGUUAUCCACAGAACACGUGUGCUCCUAGAAGACAUGAGAGUUGAAAUCAUGAAUAAUUGAGCAUCAAGAACUUAUCUCUACAUGACAGAGACGUGUAGAGCAGCAUUUAUAUCUGAAGUCUUCGUGGCCAGCUCUGUGCUUGGCCCUACAAAUAAUGCCAGAAUUGCAAGGUUAAAAAAAAAAAAAGGAAUCCGUGCAUCAACCAGGAAAAAUAUUUAUAUUUCUGAAGAACGAAAAUGCACUCCUAUUCACAAAAGUGCCAAUCUGACCAACAAAGACUGGAGGUUCUUAUGUAUCUGUCUUUGACUUACAGAUUAUUUUUCUUUAUAUCUUUUUAUUUACUUGAAUGUGCACACAUUUUGUGCAGAACAUUGCUGCUCUAUUUUCCUUAUCUUUAAAGAUACCUUAUUUGCCAUUGUUUCUUUGGAAAAGUGGCAUUCUUUACUGUGGGCACCUAAAUGCUGGGGGGAGGGGCAGGGGGAGGGAGGGGGGUCACUUAAUUAUUUGCAUAAAACUGGUCUCUCCAGCUGCCUGUUGUCCAUUGGUGUGAUGGUUCCCACUAUUGCAGUCUUCUAAAGGUUUUCACUGUGCAUUGCUAAGGUGCAAACGUUUUGGAAUCAAAGACUUGAUUUCAUGUGGCGGAAACAGUAGAGAAUCGUUUUCGGCGUAUUCUUGAGGUCACGGCCUGUAGCCAGUCCCUCUGCAAAAAGAAACUGUGCUGAUCGAGACAUUCGAGUACUUGGAUGUGGCUAAUGAUUGCAAAUUGAGGAAAUGUAAGUGACUAUCAUAGCAGACAAUUGUAGGUACUAACCUUAUUGUCAUAGUUUACCAAAGUUUUGUCAUCCUGAAGGCUGGUUGAAAUUAAUUACUGGAUGUUUUUUCAAUAGAUGAUGUAAUUGGCUUGUGUUGACCCAGUCAGUAUGACUGAGAGAUUCCUUCAGGCCAUUUAAAACUUGCUUCUUUUCAUUAGAAGCUGCAAUAGCUCAAGUUCCUCUCCUCUCAGUUUUAUUUUUUCUCAAGUUGAAGUACUGUUUAGGGAGCUAGGGAAAGUAGGCAAAUUAAUCCAGAAGACUGCAAUAAAUAUUGUCCAAAAUCCGGCACCCCAGAGGCAAAGAUCCACCUACAAACUGCUCUCACAGGUGACACUCCUUCCACUGGGUGGAGCUAACAGAGGCAACUACUUGACAUUUUUCUAAGAUGAAAUCUGGGAUUCAGAAAUUGUGCAGUGAUUUACAUUAAAAAGUAUUAUAAGUUAAACUAUAUGUAUGUUCUGAUACAUUGACAGGGAUUCAGAUGCAAUUCUAAUCACUUCUGAGAAGUGGAGAAAAAGCCUCAUUAGAACACGUCACAGGAAAAAAAAAAAAUCAACAAAAUAGGAGGUGAGGAUACAAGCCUUUUCUGCUUUUCUUGAUCUUUUUCCUGAUCAGGA